AUCCCAUUUACUGUUUGGGUCGGUCUCCAUGCAACACUCCUACUACUCAUUCUGCAGAUUCCAGUAAAGAUUUUCCUGGUGUCCCCUCAAAAUAAAUGAUCUCAUACAACCCACAGAUUAUGCCAUUGCAAUUAAACUCUGCUUCUACUAUAAAUAUCUAACCUGUUACGCUAUAGGCACUUUUUAGCAUAGACUACAUGGAAGUAGCAUACAAUUUGAUCCGUUUAACAGAGCAUGUUUUAAAUGUCCCUGAAAGACGGGUCUAUUAUUCAAAUAAAACAAGUCUACAAAUGGACAUAGAUGUUUGCAGCUCAAAGGAUUUAGCAUCUAUCUCAUACAUCAACAACUAAAAAUGGCGCCAGUAAGCUAUGAUGACCAACUGAUGGAGAACAAUGGCUUACUAAAAAUAGAGGCAAAAAGUGCUUGAAGCCAUAGGAAAACAUGACUAGCACUAUAUAAACUCAAGUCCUUGAAAGCAUAAGCCAUUUGAAAAGUUAGGCGGAGAUGCUAAGAACUAUGUGCUUUGAGAACCUCUGUUCAACCGUGCAGCUGAAUGGACGGCAGGCUCUGCUGGAUGAUAACUGUGAGUUAGGACAAGAUCAUUGGGAAAGAGCUCAUUUUCGUUCCUUGUGGCUCUAUAGAGCUGUAGUGAAGGGAGACUCCAGAGGGCUUCGAACCCUCCUUAAAAGGAACUAUAUUGAUGUUGAUGUGUUUUACAAUGUGAGCCGGGAGGAACUCGAGUGGAAAUCUCAGACAGAAACCACAUUUGGACCCUCAGGUCUUUGGUCUUUGGAGUACAAAAGAGAACUGACAAGCCCACUGUGUAUUGCUGCUGCACAAGGUUUCCCUGAAUGUCUACAGUAUUUACUGGAGCACGGCGCACACCCCAACCUUCUCGCAGGAGGAAAAGCAGCACUUCAUGAGGCCUGUGUAAACGCCAACACUGAAUGUGUAGAGCUGCUGCUGGAACAUGGAGCUAAUCCUAACCAGAUUACAGAGGACGGACUGACUGCCUUACAUCUCUGCAGAACACCACAAUCACUACGUUGUGCAAAAGCCUUGGUGAGAUAUGGUGCCAAGGUGAACGUUCCCAGUGAGGAAGAGGAAGAAACGCCAUUGCAUGUGGCAGCUAGACAUGGUCUGCCCCACCAUGCACAGCUGUACCUACGAUUCGGAACCAGUGUAAACCAUAGCAGCUCUUCGGGUGAAACACCACUGGGGGUGGUUUGUGGAGUCGCACCAGAAACGACAGCCAACAGCGAAGAUGAACGAUACCUCGAGCUCUGUCAUCUCCUCCUGGCCUAUGGAGCAAACAUUAAUUUAGCUGAUAAAGAGCGCCGCAGUCCUCUACACAAGGCAGCCCACAAUGUUCAGCAUAAGAUGGUGGGCCUUCUUCUGAAUCAUGGGGCUGAUAUCAAUGCCAUUGACUACAACGGAUGUUCACCGCUAUCUAGAGUUCUACAGUGCUCUGUGGUUCGGCAAAAAUGGGAACCUCACAUGGUUGUUCAGACCUUGUUAAAUCGCGGCUCCAUUAAAGUCUGGCCACAAGCACUGCUGAAGGUAUUGACAGCCUGUGCAGGGGCACCUAAAACUGUGGAAAUCCUGUUUAACUCAUACACAUUUGUUCCUGUAACAUACAAAUGGGUUGAGGCCAUACCUGAGGAUACCUUUCAUCUUCACCAACCCUUUUAUGAGUCUCUUUUUGCACUGGAGUAUAGACCACGUAGUUUACAGCAUCUGUGUCGGUCCGCACUGAGGAAACAGUUUGGGAAAAACUGCUACUCACUCAUUCCCAGUCUCCCUGUGCCAAAGCCACUACAGCAGUAUCUUCUUCUGGAACCGGAAGGGUACAUUGACUAGACCUAGACCUUUUGGCAAAUAAAACUUUAGAUAACUUCUGAAGGCUUUUUUAGCGUUAUAAAUUAAGUAGUCUGACAAAGCUGACUUCCUUACAUUUCGCUAGCAGUGAAAAUACAGUGAUAUUUUUAGAUAGGGUUUU